ACACACCGGUACACAAACACAUAAGCGCAAUGGCGCACACUAGUGCAGUAGCGUGGAACUCCUAAUGAGUCGUGUGAAUUCAUUCGUAUCUUUGGACUGCGUUGGUGACAUUGUUUUUUUUCUGUCGGGGUUACAUAGUCUUUGCUGUUUGCGUCAUUUGGAAAUUCAGUUGUAAUGAUAAUUGAUAAAGAUCAAUGGAAUAAACCCGGUUUAUAUGUUCAGGUGUAUUAGGAACAAGGUACAGUAGGUGAGAGCUUGUUCAACAAGUUGCAUUUUUGGCACAUGGCAGCCACCCAGUAAAGAGUGAGGCAAACGGAGUUUGUACGUCCAGAUUCAUCGGAACUUUGAUCGGUACAUCGCAGGCUUGGAGAUGAGCUCUCAGAAAAGUUCUUCAGGCCCCAGGGGGGGCAUUACACCCGUCCAGCAGAUGAUUGCGUCUUGCUCUGGGGCAAUUAUUACGUCACUGUUUGUAACACCUCUGGAUGUGGUGAAGAUCAGACUGCAGGCACAAAGGAAUCCUUUUCCCAAAGGAAAAUGUUUUGUGUACUGUAAUGGCCUGAUGGAUCAUAUAUGCGUCUGUGAGAAUGGCAUUUCAAAGGCAUGGUACAAAGCACCUGGCCAUUUCUCCGGCACUUUGGAUGCCUUUAUUAAGAUUAUACGCAUGGAAGGAAUCAGGUCUCUGUGGAGCGGCCUUCCUCCAACACUAGUGAUGGCAGUGCCUGCGACUGUCAUCUAUUUCACAUGUUACGAUCAACUAUGUGCUGUUCUCAAGCUCAGGAUGGGUGACCGAUCAGAUUAUGCGCCGCUGUUUGCCGGUGCCAUCGCGAGAGUGGGGUCGGCUACAGUAAUCAGCCCCCUGGAGCUGAUCCGCACUAAAAUGCAGUCUGAGAAGCAGUCGUACCGAGAGCUGAGCGCCGUGAUCCAGUCAGCGCUGCACAACCAGGGCUGGCGGUCUCUGUGGAGGGGUUGGGGACCCACGCUGCUCAGAGACGUCCCAUUCUCAGCUAUGUACUGGUUUAACUAUGAGAAGGGUAAAGCCUGGCUCUGUCAAUACUACAACUUUACAGAUCCUACCUUUGCCAUCACGUUCACAGCUGGAGCGCUGUCUGGAUCAUUUGCAUCAAUCGUCACAUUGCCGUUUGAUGUGGUCAAGACAAAACGACAGGUAGAACUGGGUGAACUGCAGACAAUGAAAUUGUCCACACAAGUCUCAUCCAGCACAUUUUAUGUGAUGAAAAGGAUAGUUGCUGAAAAUGGAGUAUCAGGACUAUUUGCAGGUUUUCUGCCGAGGCUGAUUAAAGUGGCUCCGGCGUGUGCUAUAAUGAUCAGCACAUAUGAGUUCGGAAAAGCUUUUUUCCGCAGAUACAACCAGAAGAAAGAGGGUAACGCAACUACAGCCCAGCACGUGACCUCGCACACCAAACCACUGAUUUAGAAGAACACUUGAUCACAGACCUUUGUUAAGAUUCAGUAAAUUAACCACAGAUUACUCCACAAAUUUCCCCAACAUGCUAUCAUUUGUGCUGUGUCUGUCUAAAAGAGAGAUUAGCUUAUAGAGUUGCUGUGAAAUAAAUCAGUAUUUACUUUCUUUAGUAAAUAUUUAAAAGUAACAGAGCAUCUUCCACUUAGGUUAAAUUAUU